GUCGGCGGUUAAUAAAUAUUUAUAAACUCUGAUUGGGCUGAAAUGUUCUGAAAGAUAGAAGCGUGCUUCCUUGCCAAUCCUCCCGCGGGCUCCGACGGAGGCACACGCUUCCAGCGGCUCGAUCUCGUUACAGUCAGGACGGAGAGCCGUUCAACAUUACAUCACAAUGGGAGCAAAGAAAAAAAAUGAACCAAAACCUAUUGAAGAGCAAAGACUGUCAUAUUUCCAAAUAUUUCGAUAUGCGACAUGCACAGAAAUUCUAGCUACCAUCCUUGGAAUAAUAUUUGGAAUCCUGAGUGGUGGGGGGGUUUGCUAUAACCUGGUCCAGUUCGGAGAACUUAGUACAGCCUUCGUGGAGAGAACGAAGUUUUACAACAGAACAUCCAGCUACUUGCCACUCACAUCUUUAUUUGGAGGUGGAAAAAUUCUUACAAAUGCCACCUACCAGGAGAGUAUGGACGCAUUGGUGCAAGACGGCAAAGCCACGUGCGCGGGCAUGUUUGUCAGUAUCGGCAUCUCGCUCCUAUUCUGCAUGCUGUCUACUUCCCUCAUCAGCUGGAGUGCACUUCGACAAAUAACUAGAAUUCGAAUGAAGUUCUUAACGGCUGUUUUUCGACAAGACAUGGAAUGGUUUGAUACCGACACAGGAUUCAACUUAGCUACCAAAAUGACAGAAAACAUGAUGAAGCUGAAGGAAGGUAUGGGCGACAAGCUGUCAGUGGUCUCCAACUUGGUGGGCACCUCCAUCCUUUGUUUCUGUACAGCUUUACCCCUGGGCUGGGAGCUGGCACUGGCUUGCAUGACUGUCAUGCCUUUCUCAGUCACCGCCUCCGUUCUGUUAUCCAAUUAUCAAACUACCUCAACGAUCAGGGAAAUGGAGUCAUACAGCCAGGCAGGCAAGCAGGCAGAGGAAGUUCUCAAGUCGGUGCGAACUAUCGUGGCUUUCGCAGGAGAGAAGAAGGAAAUCGAAAAGUACAAAGAAUUGUUGGAGCCAGCAGAACGCUAUGGGCGCCGGCGGGGAGUCUGCACCGGCUUGGGUAAUGGCUUCAACUGGGUGCUGACGUACUCCCUCAACGCCAUCGGUCUCGUGUACGGGACUCGCCUGGUCCUCCAAGAUAUGGACAAGCCAGCUGACGAGAGGAAAUACUUGGUUGGCGUAGUAUUCAGUAUAUUGUUCAGCAUAUACAUGGCGACACAGUCCAUAACCCUCUGCGUGCCGCACAUAGAAGUGUUUGCGAGUGCUCGAGGAGCUGCUGCCAGCUUAUUCUCCCUCCUGGACAGGGUUCCCAAGAUUGACAGCCUGUCCAAACAGGGUAUCUCACCCCGGAGAGUCAUUGGGGAGAUUGCCCUGGAAGACGUUCACUUCAGCUAUCCUUCUAGACCUGAUGUCAAGGUUUUAAAAGGCUUCUCGAUUCACAUAAAGCCUGGAGAAUGUGUGGCGUUGGUCGGAUCUUCUGGGUGUGGCAAAUCCACUAUUCUGCAGCUAAUCCAAAGAAUGUACGACCCACAUUCUGGAUCUGUAAAACUUGACGGAAAAGACUUGAAGAACCUUAAUCUGAGUUGGCUACGAUCAUCACUUGGUGUCGUAGGACAAGAGCCAGUUCUGUUCCGCGGCAGUAUCUUCGAGAACAUAGCUAUCGGGUGCCCUGAGGCCACUCGCGAGGAGGUCCAAAGAGUAGCAGAGAUUGCGUAUGCUCACGAUUUCAUCACGCUUUUACCAAAAGGUUACGACACAGUGAUCGGCGAGCGUGGUGCCUCCCUCUCAGGUGGGCAGAAGCAACGUAUAGCCAUCGCCAGGUCGCUCCUGAGGGAACCCGCUGUACUCCUGCUGGAUGAAGCCACUUCGGCCCUAGAUCCCACCUCACAGAGACAAGUUCAGGCGGCUCUGGAUAGGGCUAGUGCUGGAAGAACAACUGUGACAGUAUCUCAUCGGUUAUCUACCAUUGUAAACGCCGAUCGUAUCGUCUGUAUGGAUCAAGGCCAAAUCGUGGAAUCUGGAACUCAUAACGAUCUGAUGAAAGCAAAAGGUUUCUACUUCAACCUGGUGACUACUGGAAGUGAGGACCAGGAGCCUGAAGCCAUCGAAACCCUCCCAGAAGAGCCAGCUGAAGGCGAGGAAGUACCAUCAGAGGCGUUGGCACCUCGACAUGAUGUGAAGCGGCGGUCCGGCAGGAGAGUGCACAGGCAUCACUCCAUGAAGAGAGAAUCUCACGACUGGAUGACACCACGAGGAUCAAUCAGCUCCGUCAUGUCCACUGGCCUCAGCAAUUUUAUUUAUAACACCGACUUCGAAGACGAAGAAGAAAAAGACGAGGAAGAAGAUGUAAAACCAGUGAGCGACUGGCAGCUGAUGAAACUGAACGCUCCGGAGUGGCUCUACCUGACCGUGGGCUCCGUCUCCGCCUUCCUCCAGGGCGCCUGCUUCCCGGUCUUCGCAUUGCUGUUCGGUUAUGCUAGUGGAAUUUUCGUAAUGGACGACCGCAACGAAAUCAUUUACAUGGCGGACCUGUACUCCGGCAUGUUUGUGGUGGUGGCCGCGGUGGCUGGCAUCAGCAUGUGUCUGCAGAGCAUCACCUUCACCAACGCUGGCCUUAAGAUGACCAAUAGGUUGCGCCAUCAGUACUUCUCUGCUCUCUUGAGACAGGAAAUCGGCUACUUCGACAAGGAAUCGAAUACCGUCGGGGCACUCUGCUCGCGUCUCAGCGGUGACACCGCCGAGGUGCAGGGCGCCACAGGGCUUCGCACAGGGCUGAUUCUCCAGGGCGUCAGCUCCGUGCUUAUCGGCUUCAUCAUGGCCAUGUGCUAUAAUUGGAAGUUAACGCUUGUCGGCACUGCCUUCUUGCCUAUUAUGGUAGGCAGCAUCUGGCUAGAAGGCAUCGUGUCCCAGAAGUCGCAGACAGACGAGCGAGACGCCAUGGAAGCAGCCAACGCUAUCGCCACCGAGGCUGUCGUCAGUAUACGCACUGUGCAGAGCCUGGGGAUUGAAGAAACAUUCCUGGAGAAAUUCAAGAUAUCUUUAAUGGAAUCAUGCAAAGCGGUUGUUAAGAAAACAAGAUGGCGUGGGUUGGUGCUUGGAUUAGGGAUAUACGUGCCUUUCCUGUCGUACUGCAGCGCCACAGUCUACGGUGCAAUCCUCGUGGCCCGGGAAGCGUUGCCUUACCAGACUGUAUUGCUUGUCAACGAAGCCAUUAUGUACGGAGCCUACAUGUUGGGUCAGUCCCUGGUCUACGCACCCAGCUUCAACUCGGCGCGGUACUGUGGCGCCAGGAUCCUGUCAGUUAUCAAAAGAACACCUAAAGUGCGAACGGAGGAUGGCGUGCGAGAUAAGAAAGAUUGGACGGCAACAGGCAAGUUCAGCUUGAAAGACCUAGAGUUCAGUUACCCAACCCGGCCACACCUGCGAGUUCUCCGCGGCUUGGACCUGAAGGCCGAUGCUGGGAAGACCGUCGCCCUUGUUGGUGCCUCCGGUUGCGGCAAAUCUACUGUACUACAACUGCUUCAGAGGUUUUACGACCCGGAUGCGGGAACCAUAGAACUGGACGACCGAGACAUCCACAGUGGUCUGACGCUCCCCCGACUCCGUCGUCAACUGGGGGUGGUGCAGCAAGAGCCUGUCCUCUUCGACCGUACCCUGGCGGAGAACAUAGCGUACGGAGACAAUAACCGCAAGAUUUCUAUGCACGAGAUUAUCGCCGCUGCUAAGGCCGCCAAUAUUCACAGCUUUAUCGCGUCUCUGCCUAAGGGGUACGACACGAAUUUGGGAUCUGGAGGUGCACAACUGUCUGGUGGGCAGAAACAACGCGUGUGCAUUGCGCGUGCGCUGAUACGAUCGCCGCGGCUGCUGUUACUAGACGAAGCUACUUCUGCUCUCGACGCAAACAGCGAGAGGGCGGUGACGGAAGCUUUGGAGAAAGCAGCCCAAGGCCGAACGUGUAUCACAAUCGCCCAUCGUCUUUCUACCAUCAAGGAUGCUGAUGUCAUUUGUGUUGUAGAUAAAGGUAAAAUUGUGGAACGUGGCACACACUCGGAGCUGUUCAACAUGAAGGGCGUCUACUGGCGCAUGUGCAAAGGACAGCACAUGGCUUAAUCUGCGGAGGCACCGGCUGGAAACACUGAAAUAAUUUUUGUACCAAAUACUUGCCAAAAUCUAGGAUUAACUUUUAUAAGCUUGUAUUUUACUUGUUAUUUUGUAUUACCUACUAAUAUAAUUUUAAUUCUAAGAGAUGUACAGGCUCCAGUUCGCCCUGCUUUGGGCAAACUAAAAGUAUUAAGGUGAAAAUCGAAACGACCUCAUGCGUAAUGUCGUCACUAAAAUAUUAUAACAUUAAGAUAUUGUUAAAUAAAAGUCGCUGACAGAUGA